AUGCCAGAAACUACCAAGCCUGAAACCUCUCUAACUACAGUUACUCUGACUUUAGAUACUACUACCCCUACAACAAUGAUGGACUCCACAACUCCCACAACUGAAUCAACUACAAUGCCAGAAACUACCAAGCCUGAAACCUCUCUAACUACACCCGAAACCUCUCCAACUACACUUACACCAACGACUUUAGAUACUAGUAGCGCUACAACAACGAUGGAUUCCACAACUCCCACAACUGAAUCAACUACAAUGCCAGAAACUACCAAGCCUGAAGCCUCUCCAACUACAGUUACUACAACAACUUUAGAUACCAAUACUAGUAGCCGCUACAACAACGAUGGACUCCACAACUCCCACAACUGA